AUAAAAACAGAAAAGCCCUUUUCCUUUCCAAUCUCUGAAUCUGUAUUUGGGAAUACUAUCAAUUUUUCCAUCGAUGGCCGCAAGGGCAGCAGGCAGAUUGCUCAAAGAUUUUGUAUACAGAAGGGUAAUUUCAACUCCCCUUGGAGCUUCCAGGCAUUGCUCCUCUUCAGCUGCUUCUGCUGCUCCUAAAAUCCCCCAUUCUUCCAAGAAAGGGAGGUUAUUGACGGGAGCCACGAUUGGCCUAGCUAUAGCCGGAGGAGCUUAUGUGAGUACUGUGGAUGAAGCAACUUUCUGUGGUUGGCUAUUCUCAGCUACAAAACUUGUAAAUCCGUUCUUUGCCCUCCUGGAUGCUGAAGUUGCUCAUACACUAGCUGUUUCAGCUGCAUCUCGUGGUUGGGUUCCAAGGGAGAAGAGACCUGAUCCACCAAUUUUAGGGUUGGAUGUUUGGGGAAGGCAGUUCUCAAAUCCAAUAGGUCUUGCUGCUGGCUUUGAUAAAAAUGCUGAAGCUGUUGAAGGCUUACUUGGUUUGGGUUUUGGCUUUGUGGAAGUUGGUUCUGUUACCCCUGUGCCACAAGACGGUAAUCCAAAGCCUCGCCUCUUCAGAUUGCGUCAAGAAGGCGCUAUUAUAAAUAGGUGUGGAUUCAACAGUGAAGGCAUUGUUGCUGUUGCAAAACGUUUGGGUGCCCAACAUGGUAAAAGAAAAUUAGAAACUUCAAGCAGUUCAUCAUCUGCUGAUGAUGAAAGCAAACAUGGAGGCAAAGCUGGUCCUGGUAUUCUUGGGGUUAAUCUUGGAAAGAAUAAGACUAGUGAAGAUGCUGCAGCUGAUUAUGUUCAAGGAGUUCAUACCUUGUCCCAGUAUGCUGAUUACUUGGUUAUUAAUGUUUCAUCACCAAACACUCCUGGUUUGCGUAUGCUUCAAGGGAGGAAACAAUUGAAGGAUCUUGUCAAGAAGGUUCAAGCUGCUCGUGAUGAAAUGCAAUGGGGUGAAGAGGGUCCUCCUCCAUUGCUUGUAAAAAUUGCUCCAGACCUGUCCAGAGAAGACCUUGAGGAUAUUGCAGCAGUUGCUUUGGCACUCCGUUUGGAUGGAUUGAUUAUAUCAAACACAACAAUUUCAAGACCAGAUCCCGUAAACAAAAAUCCAGUGGCCGCAGAAACUGGUGGCUUGAGUGGGAAGCCUCUCUUUAAUCUAUCAACAGAAAUCUUAAAGGAGAUGUAUAUCUUAACAAGGGGAAAGAUUCCACUAAUAGGCUGUGGUGGUGUUAGCAGUGGCGAGGAUGCAUACAAAAAAAUAAGAGCUGGAGCAACUCUUGUUCAGCUUUAUACAGCAUUUGCUUAUGGAGGACCCGCCUUGAUUCAUCAGAUGAAGACUGAAUUGGCGGAGUGCUUGGAAAGAGAUGGUUUCAAGUCUAUUCAUGAAGCUGUUGGUGCUGAUUGCAGAUAGGUAGCGCAAUAAGUAAGCCAAAGACAACGCCAUAACAAAAAGAUGGGACAAUUGUAUUGUGAUUUAAUUUUGUCUAAUAAUUUUGGUACCCAGCAUGACUGCUUUUGUUCUCCAAUAUAGUUUUUCUUUUUCCUUUUUCUAUUAAAAUUUCUCAUUUUUUUGUUACCAAGAGAUUGCCAUUUUGAGAUUUGAGAUUGUUUUACAAUAAUAAGACAAAAUUUUGAUU